AUGCUCGCCCAAUUCUCUGUUUUGCUGUGUUUGAUCGCUGCUGCUUCAGGAGCACAAUGCGAAUCGCCCAAACAUUCGGCGACGACUUUCUCGACCAACGAUGCAUUCUUCCAUUUCAGCACAACAUACAUAAUCGAAUUCAGCCUCCAGUGCAGUAACGGUGUCAAGGACACAACCAUUUAUGGUUUAGUAAAUGGGAAGGUCCUGCAGGCAGCGGUCUCUGAAGAGACUUCGAAGCAUCAAAUAUCCUGGCAGCUGGAACAUGAGCAAUCCCGAGCUCAGACGUUCAAUGUGUUGGUUUAUGAUGAAGAUGGUUUUGCCGCGUAUAGGAAGGCUGAAAGGAGCAGUGGUGAUGCUUCCAAAAUCGAACCACUCUUCACUGUUCAGCUGAAACAUCCGGGUGUCUCAAGAUCAUCGCCGGUGGCAUCCGAAACAGUGGUUAUGACACUUGCUGUUGUGGCGCUCUACAUGGCUUAUCACUUCAAAAGUCAGCUGAUGGCCUGA